AUUAAAAACCCAAAGCCCUCCCUCUCUCUCUCUCUCUCUCUCUCUCUCUCUCUUUUUCUUCAUUCACACACUGUUAUAGCAGAAUUCCAGCUAUGAAGAGCUUGAAGUGAAGAAUCUGCGUUUGUUUGUGAUCGAUCUAUGGAAAACAAAGAAGAGCUACAGAGAGAAAGUUUGGUGGGGAAUUCUACAUUUUCCGACCAUAUUCCGUCGGGUUUCUCUUUAACAAGCUUCUUUGACAUGACAUGUGACGCCGAAAAGGGCUCUUUCGGCUUCAUCGACGUGUUGGGUUUCCAACAAAAUUACCCAUCUUUCUUCGAUGAUCAGUUCCAAUCUCCGUUACAGCCACCCCUGCCGCUUCUGUCUCCGACUUCGUCGGUUCCCGGGGAGUUGCCGGAGCUCGUGAAUACUCCGGCUGAAUCUUCGUCGAUCUCCUCAUCAUCCAACGAAGUACCGAACACUUGGGAACAGACCAAAACAGUACAAGAAGAGCAUGAGCAGGAUCAAGAGAACACAAACAAACAGUUGAAACCCAAAAAGAAGCCAAAAAGGGAAAGAAAGCCUAGAUUUGCAUUUCUGACAAAGAGUGAGAUUGAUAAUCUGGACGAUGGGUAUAGAUGGAGAAAGUACGGGCAAAAAGCUGUGAAAAAUAGCCCUUUCCCAAGGAGCUACUACCGCUGCACUGGUCCAGGAUGUGGAGUAAAGAAGCGGGUGGAGCGAUGUUCCGGCGAUCCGGCCACCGUUGUCACCACCUACGAAGGCACUCACACGCAUUCGUGCCUGGUAACACCGCGUGGAAACGUCAGACUCGUGACGGAAUCCGCCGGCUUUGGCGGCGGUGGGCCUUCGUCUCUUCACUAUGAUCACCGCCAUGAGCAACCCUAUAAUUCCCAUAUUAUUAAUCCAUCGCCGUCACCUUGUUUGAGCUUCACCGCUAAUGCUAAUUCCUCAUUCCCAGUUGAUUCUCCGUGUUUGAUUAGGGAUUGUGGACUGCUUCAGGAUAUGGUGCCUUGGCAGCUGCGAAAGGUGUCCAAAGAGGAGUAGAAGAAGAAGAAGAAGAAGAAGAGAUUAAUCAGUUAAUUACCUGCAUCAGUAUGUACAUAUGUUUCUCUUAGACCUUAAUUUAGAUUCAGGGUUGUCUUUUAGGUAUUGGAGAGACUCUCGCGUCGACUCUAAUUAGUGAUUAAUUACCAUUCAAGAGGACAGGCCUUUUGAGUAAUGGCGUUUGUACCUUCAGAGCUGAUCCUCCAUGUGAUUUAAUCACUUUGCUAAUUAAUUUGCUUUUAGUUUGUGUA